UCAAAUUAACGUGUAACGCAAAGCAGUUACGUCAUUUCAGUUCGUAAUAGAAAAAUAGCCAGCUUGCGGAUCGAUAUCGAUAACUCGCUACCGCGCUGCGGUCACACUGAGCCCACCAUUUUUUAAAUUAGCGUCAUUAAUUUGUUACAUUCCGUGGUUUUCCUUGUUUUGCUUGUUAAAUAAAAGAUGUCCAGCGGAAACGAGGAUCCCACCUCGGUGGCUGUGGCGCUGCGUGUGCGUCCGCUGGUGCAGUCGGAGGUGGACCGCGGCUGCCGGAUUGCCGUAGAGCGUACCUCGCCUGGAGCACCGCAAGUAAUAGUAAACCGGACCGAGACGUUCACAUUCAACCAUGUUUUCGACGUGGACGCCACACAGAGAGAGAUCUACGAGAGCUGCGUGCUGGCCAAACAGAGGAAAUUGCUGCAAGGCUACAACGUUACAAUCCUCGCCUACGGCCAGACAGGUUCUGGCAAAACCUUCACCAUGGGCACCAGCUACAACGGGGUGAUGGACGAGAGCGCGGGCGUAAUUCCGCGCGCUGUUGAUGACAUUUUCCGAGAGAUAGCCGAGCUGCAGGAGGAGUACAGUUUCAGCGUCACCUGUUCCUUUGUGGAAUUGUACCAGGAGCAGUUCUUUGAUCUUUUCUCACCGGGCAAGAUCACGGUUGACAUUAAGGAGGUCAACAAGCGUGUGGUGAUGCCUGGCCUGACCGAGCUCGCAGUGAAGUCCGCCCAGGAGGUGACGGAUUAUUUGAUGCGCGGAUCUUCCGGCCGAGCAGUGGCUGCCACGGCCAUGAAUGAGACCUCCUCGCGGUCGCAUGCCAUAUUUACGCUCACCCUGGUAGCCACCAAGAAGGAUAGCACGAAAUCGGUGACCACCUCCAAGUUUAAUCUGGUAGAUCUCGCGGGCUCGGAGCGCUGCUCGAAGACUCUGGCCAGCGGGGAUCGAUUCAAGGAGGGCGUAAAUAUCAACAAGGGCCUGCUGGCACUUGGCAAUGUGAUAAAUGCCUUGGGAUCUACGAAUGCUCCUGGCUACAUACCCUACCGACAGUCUAAACUGACGAGACUGCUCCAGGACUCGCUCGGCGGUAACUCCAUUACCUUGAUGAUUGCCUGCGUCAGUCCGGCGGACUAUAAUACGGCGGAGACGGUGAGCACAUUGCGCUACGCUGACCGUGCUCUACAAAUAAAGAACAAGCCAGUGGUUAAUCAAGAUCCACAUGCGGCCGAGGUUAACAUGUUAAAGGAUAUAAUUCAAAAACUGCGCGUCCAACUUUUGGGCGGCGGCAAGAUGAGCUCCUCCAUCACAAGCGCCGUAGGAGCCGCCGGCCUAGAUGCCCUUUCUGUUGGCGAACCAUUGGAUAGAUCCGAAAAUCAACGAUUGCAAGAGCAGGUGCGCAGUCUGCAGGAGCGCAACAGGAAACUACAGCAGGAACUUCACCAGUCUCUGGUGGAUCUUACAGAGAAGGAGAUGAGAGCCCACAUUGCCGAACAGGCGCACGACACACUCCGCGCCCACGUUCUCCAGCUAAAAGACAAGCUAGAGCAGCAGGAACAGCAGGCGGGCUCCGCUGAUGGCGACGACCGGCUGCGGGAGAUAAGUCAGCUGGUGGAUAUGGUGGAGGAUCAGCUGCAGCGCACGCAAGACGAGCUGGACUCGCAUGGCCAGGAGACUCGGCACCAACUCAGCAGCAAUGGGCACGACCACAGCUCGAGUGGCAACGGCGGCGAUGAGGCACACGAGAUGUUGCAAUUGCAGUCCGAAGAGUACACCGACAAGCAGUUGAACUUCGCCAGCGAGCUGAGGAACAUCAACCGUCAGCUGGAUCUCAAGCAGGAGCUGCACGUGCGCAUCAUGCGCAACUUCAACAAGUUGGAGGCAACGGAUGAGGAUUUAAAGCUGCGUCAGUGCAACCAGAAGAUCGAAGACCUAGAGGAGGAGCGUCGCAGCCUCUUGGACCAGCUUCGUAAUAUUAAGAGCAAGGAUUCUUCCGCUAAAAUUGCCGAGGAGCGGCGAAAGCGGCUGCAGACCCUCGAGCAGGAGAUUUCCGAUCUGCGCCGCAAAGUCGUCACUCAGGCUAAUAUGCUAAAGAUGCGCGAAAAGGAGCGCGAGAAAAUCAAGAAUCUAAGCGACGAAAUCAAGAUAAUGAAAGAGUCAAAAGUCAAGCUGAUCCGGACCAUGCGCGGUGAGUCGGAGAAGUUCCGCCAGCUGAGGAUGGUGCACCAGAAGGAGGUGACACAGCUGAAGAGCAAGGAUCGUAAGAUGCAGUCGGAAAUGGUGCGCCAACAGACGCUACAUGCCAAGCAGCGGCAGGUGCUCAAACGCAAGUGCGAGGAGGCGAUGGCUGCCAACAAGCGCCUGAAGGACGCCUUGGACCGCCAGGCCUCAGCUCAGGCGCAGCGCCAGAAGUCAGCCAAGGAGCACGGAGCAGCCGGCGGUGCCAGCGCAAAGCCUGAUUCCUGGGUGGAUCGCGAGCUAGAGAUCAUACUUUCCCUAGUGGAUGCUGAGCACAGUUUGGAGCAGCUGAUGGAAGACCGGGCCGAAGUUAACAAGCACUAUCAUCUGAUGGAGAAGCAGACGAGCACGAAUCCCGCGGACGCCCAAGUGCAGGCCAAGCUGCUGGCCAGCCUGGAAGAGGAGCUCGAGAUGCGUAAUGCACAGAUCUCAGACCUGCAGCAGAAGGUGUGCCAAAGCGACCUGGACAGUCGAAUUCGAGCCUUGUCGGAGGGUGUCCACAGCAUAGCCGAGUCGCGAUCGGUGAGCAAACAACUGCUCAAGACCCUGGUGCAGCAGCGCAGGCACCAGGCGCUCAGCUCGAACGAGCAACGUACGGCACUGGACGACGUUCGGGCCCAACUCCUGGAGGCCCAGCAGCUGCACGAGGCAGUGAGCAACCGCCUUAAGCUGGCCGAAGCGCAACACGAGGAACAGAUGCUCAGCCAGCAGCGUUCUUACGAGGAGAAGGUGGCAGUUCUCCUGAAAGCGCCUCAGCUGGAAAAUCUGCCGGGAAACACGUCCAAGUCAAAGGCGGCCCCAAAGGUCCCCGUCGCAGAUCUCGAUGCCACCGUCUAUAUGAGCGAUAUGAACGACAGUCAAGAAAUGGUCGACAGCGACGAUCCGGACUGGCUGCCAGAGAAAAAAACGAAAAACAAGUCGCUGCGAUCCCAAAACAGCCAUACAUCGACCUCAAUCACAGAACCGGGGGGAGGAGUGGGGCAGGGUGCGCCACAGCUCAAUGGCACUGAAGUAAGCAACGGAUCUAUCUCUUCCCUCAACUUUACGGCGGCCCACGAGGAUGGAAAGGUUACCAGGUGUAAAUGCCGCACCAAGUGCAACGGCAAGCGCUGCGGCUGCUUUCUGGGCAGCAAGGUGUGCUCCGAGAACUGUUUUUGUAAGGGUCAUUGCAUGAAUCCCUUCAAUUUGAACCAAGAGCCGCCUGAGAAGCGCGGUGACACGGACGGAGAGCAGCCCCAAAAGGAGAAUUCCGACGCAUUCAUCUCGGCAGAGCAGCAGUUGGCCAAUGUAGUGGCCUCGCCAAAGCGAUCUCACGACCACGAAUCCAGCACACCGUUGAGCGAUGUGAACAAUGCAGAGCCAGAUGGCCUUAGCGGCCCAAAGCUUGUCAGAAUGUCGGAACUGUCCUUCGCCACACCCAAGCGAAAAUUCUUUUAAAUUCUUAACUGGUUUCUAGGCAUUUGAUUUUUCUGUUAACGAUCGAAUAUAAUGGUAACCGAAUUACAAAUUAAUUAUUGAAGCGUUACCAAAAAAAUGAGAUAGCUGGAAAUGAGUAAAAGUGUAAAAUGAAUUGCCGUUAAUGACGUACUGCUUACUAUCUUGGAGUGAUCUUGAAGCAUUUUUACACUUAUUUGUUAUAUAUAGUCAUCAUCAUCGUUCAUGUUUCGUAUAUUUACAUACCACUUUAUUUAAUAAGAUUGUAACAGUUGAUAAUACAAAUUUAUAUACAUACAUAUAUUUUAUAGCAAAUGAUUAAU